CUGGCGGCGGGCGGCCAUGUUGGAGGUGGCGCGGAGAGUUCCGGGGUCUCCAUGUGGCGGCUGCUCUGCUGUCAGUGUGCUUCAUUCCUGGUGAUGGACGGACCCGUGUAAUGGUGGAGCUCCCGCUGCCUUAUAGAGGAGAUCCUGACUGCGGCAGCGAGAUGACGAGCGCUCUGUUCAGCAGCGAUGGGGCAGAUGUCAUCCACCGAGAGCUGAGUCCCCCGGAGCCGAGCGCGGCGGUCACCGCGGACACAGUGCUGGACGAUGUUUACGAAAUUCCAAAGACCAUCGACUUCAUUAAGGAGAAGGGAGCAAGAAAGGUGGCUCUGCAGUUUCCGGACGAUCUCCUCGGCUGCUCUGUCCCUAUAGCCAGAAGACUGGAGGACGCCACCGGAGCCAAGAUCUACAUCCUGGGAGACACGUCUUACGGCAGCUGCUGUGUGGACGAGGUGGCGGCGGAACACGUCGGAGCGGACGCGCUGGUACAUUAUGGGCAGGCCUGUCUCAGCCCGUGUCGGCGGCUGCCUGUCACAUACGCUUUUGGACGUAAAGCUGUGAAUGUGGAUCUCUGUACAGAGGCGUUCCGGAACCUGUUCCCUGAGAGAGACUCUCCAGUCGUGGUGCUCAGCGAUGUCGUGUAUGAUCACAUUCUCGGUGAGCUGGACAUGCGUUUUGCCCCCAUUUAUUCCCGCGUAGUCUUUUCUACUCUGUCCUGGUUGAACGAGGCGCCCUCUGCUGGUGAAGUCUAUAAGUUUGGCAGGAAGUUCUCUCCUGACCCCGGUCUCUGGCCGGACGGCUACAACUUCUUCUACGUGGGUGGAGAAGGAGCGGCGCUCACUAACCUCCUGCUGACCUGGCCGCACUGCACCUUCUUCAGCUUCAACCCAGUGACCAACGAGUCCAGGAGGGAAGGCGUCCACGUCAACCGAGCGCUCAUGAAACGCUUCUACCUGAUCGAGAAGGCGCGGGAUGCCCAGGUGGUGGGUAUACUGGUGGGCACCCUGGGGGUCUCAGACUAUCUCUCCGCACUGUCCCACCUGAAGGCCCUUCUCCACCGCGCCGGUAAGAAGAGUUACCUGCUGUCUAUGGGGAAGCUGAACCCGGCCAAGCUCGCCAACUUCCCGGAGGUGGACGUCUUUGUGCUGGUGGCCUGUCCCGAAAACUCCCUGCUCGACUCUUCUGACUUCUACCGGCCAAUCAUCACCCCGGAUGAGAUGGAGGUGGCCUGUAACCCGGCGCGGGAGUGGGGCGGCCGAUGCAUCACUGACUUCCGGGAAAUACUUCCAGGCGGUGCAGCUCACGUGAUGUUCCCAGAGAUUAACCCCGAAGACGCGGACCGGACAGAUGUUUCCUUGAUCACAGGGGAGCUGAGGUCUUUUCGGUUCUCAUCAAGGGCGGAGGAGGCGUCGGCGGAGGAGCCCAUCGCCACCCUGGUGCACAGGAACAGUAACACCUCCGUGGCAGAGCUGGGGCCUGCAGCCUCCUUCCUGUCGUCGCGGAGCUGGCAGGGACUGGACAAGGCUCUAGGGGAGACGCCGGUUGUGAAGGCCGUGGAGGGUCGCAGAGGGAUCGCUAUAGCGUACGAGGACGAAGCGAGCGGCUGAUGAUCCCCCAUGGUGGUCGGAGCACAAUGACUGUUCAGUGUGGCGGAUGGCGCUGUCCCUGUGCGGCGCGGGUGGUCGUCUCGCUGUAUUGUGACCGGGCGGAUGAUGAGGAUCACUCGUGGUGACACAUCUUCUUGCUCCCGGUGAGCGCGGUCCAGAUGUCGCCACCUCGUCACCGCGCCAUUGUUCACAUCUGGCUGAUAUC